AUAUGUCAGAAUUGGCAACUUCAAUACAACAAUAAACAAUCCAAUUAACAAUUAACAAAAAAAAAGUACAUGAAAAAGAAAAAAUCAUGUCCUGCUAUGGGUGCACAAAGAAAUAUGGACUAUUCACCAAAGAGUAUGGAUGUCCUAAUUGUGGCUACUCCUACUGCGCAAAGUGUCUUAAACGCCCGAUAGCUGUUCCAAAACACAAUAAUAAAAUACUAAAUGUAUGCUUAAUAUGCUAUGAUAAACUGUCCAAGUUACAGGCUGCAGAAAAGGUCAUUGAUGUGGAAGCCUUACCCGGAACUAUAGUAACUAAAGCGAACAAGGGAAAAUGUAAUGAGAAUAUUAUUAGAACUGAUAUCAAUACCCUACUUGAAGUGGAACCAUCAGCAGCAGCAUUAACUGGAGAUGUCCUAGCCCCAAUAUCUCCUCAAAUGAAUACUUCUACACAUUCCAGUGGCGAAAAUUCUGACAUAACAGAAAAUCUGGAUACUGCGAUUUUAAAACGUUUACAAAAAUUAAAAAUAGAUGGUAAUUUGGCCCAACAAUUGCCCUCGGAUGAAGAAAUGCGUUCUAGAUUGGCGAAUUUAAAUGGCAUACCGUAUAAAGAUUACUCCAAAAAAGAUUUACUUCUUAAUGUAGAUCAACGGACAGAUCAAGAGAAAAUGAAAGAUUUAUUAGAACAAUUUAUGGGGGAGGCAAAUUUAGACCGUCGUGUGGAAACUGAACGGAACGAUGCAAUAUCUGAUAUAGAGAAGCGGUUAAGGGCUUUAAGAGAUGUACCAGUAGAUGGAGCACCAGCAAUAGGCGGUGAAACAAGACUCAAAGGAUAUAUAUCACCGGACACAAAUACACCCAGUGAUAAUGAAAUAGACGAUGAAAUACUUCUAAAAGACAUUAUGCAGAAGUAUUUGGCGGAAGCUCGUUUAUCCGAAGCAGCAAACACAUUAGAAAGCGAGUUGGCAAGUAGUGUUCCCCCUCCACCAGUUGGGGUCAAAACCGAAGAACUACCCUGGUGCAAUAUUUGUAAUGAGGACGCUGUUCUUCGUUGUAUUGGCUGUGAAGGUGAACUUUUCUGUGCCCCAUGUUACCGUGAAUGUCACGACGAUGAUGAGGAAUAUCGAAAUCAUGUCAAUGAACCUUACAGUGCCCCUCCAAAAUUCAAAGAAAAUCACUUUUAAACACAAAGUUGUUGUUUAUGUAUACUCUAGUUAAUAUAUUUUUAUAGUUCUUUUCUUUAUAAACAAUUAACUUAUUUAUAAAUUUUGUAAACAAAAACAACUUAACAAGUAAGUUAAGGGAAUUUCCAAACGAUUGAAAAAAGUGGGGACAUUUAUAAAAACAACGCGGUAUAAAAAAUAUAAAAUAUACAAAUAAAAACUACAAGCUUAAUUACUGCUCCGUAAGAAGACUA